AUGGCAGCAGCUGUCAUGAGGAGAAGGACUAGAAUUGUGUGUAUCUCAGAUACCCACAAUUGCCAGGUCAAGCUCCCCAAGGGUGAUGUUCUCAUUCACGCUGGAGAUUUGACCAACCAAGGGAGUCACGCAGAGCUUGCCAAGACAGUUGCUUGGUUGGAGAAGCAGGACUUUGAGGCCAAAAUCGUCAUCGCUGGAAAUCAUGACCUCACUCUAGACCCAAAGUUCUACGCUGAGCAUGGUCUCUACUUUCACAACAAGAAUCCGCAGUCUCAUGACGAGUGUCUACGAUUGUUUACGUCUUCGCCUUCGUUAACGUACCUCUCUCAUGAAUCAACCACUAUCCGCCUCAAAUCUUCUUCGGGGCCGCGUACGCAAUUCAAGGUCUUUGGAUCGCCUUACUCUCCGCGUUUCGGGUUAUGGGCUUUUUACUACGAUGCUCCUCAAAACCCCGGCAACUGGUCAGAUCUGACGUCGCUUUGGCAGUCCAUACCACUUGACGCAGAUAUUGUGGUGACGCACACGCCUGCAAGGACGCAUUGCGAUGAGACGGAUGAGCGUCGCGCUACUGGUUGUGAAGCUCUUCGACAGGCGCUUUGGCGAGUGAGACCACAGCUUGCUGUCUGUGGCCACAUUCAUGACGGAAGAGGUGCUGAGAGAGUGAAGUGGGAUCUCAGUUGUCGAAAUGUCGCCUAUCAGGAAGAGAGUGUCGUACGCUGGCAAGACCCUGGCGAAGGCAAUAACAAAACCUGCCUCAUAGAUCUGACUGGGAAGAAGGCCCCGUCUCUUGCUAACGAUGGCUCCCAUCCAGGUCGAUAUGGAUCAAGCAUAAGAGAGCCUGACGUGACGGAUGCCCCUCGUUCCGUUGACUCAGCAGAGAGCUCUCCAUACACCUUCGGAUCUGGCCCAGCUGAUAUACACGCCUCUCAUGGCACUAUUGGAUUGGGAGGGCAUCCCGCCUCACCACGGAGCGACCAGGCAGCUCUCGCUGGGAGGAUGGGUCGUCGAGAGACGUGUGUGGUGAACGCAGCGAUCAUGAAGAGUCGAUAUCCCCACAUAGGAGGGAAGCAGUUCAACAAGCCCAUCGUAGUAGACCUAGAUCUCCCCAUCUGGGAGGACGAGGGCCAUAUCGAAGCCCCGUGA